AUGACGGACACCAAAGUCUGGUUCAUCACUGGCUGUUCUAGCGGCUUCGGCAAGGAACUCACGCUGCAAGCCCUGGGCCGCGGCGACAACGUGAUCGCCACUGCCCGCGAUGCCGGCAAGCUCGACGACUUGAAGGACGCAGGCGCAGCAGUGGUGAGCCUCGACGUGACUUCACCAUUGGACGAGCUCAAAAGAACGGCCGAAGAAGCACACAACAUCUACGGACGCAUCGACUACCUGAUCAACAAUGCCGGCUUCAACCAGGUAGGGGGACUGGAAGAACUCAGUCCAGAAGAGACGGAAAGGCAGUUCGCCACCAACGUGUUCGGGCCAUUGAACGUCACCCGAGCCAUCUUGCCGUACAUGCGCGCCAAACGGUCCGGGGUCGUGGCCAACUUCUCCAGCGUCGGUGCGUGGCGCGGCUCCGCCGGGGUCGGCCUGUACUGCGCGUCCAAGUGGGCGGUCAGCGGUCUCUCGGAGACGCUGUACUACGAACUGGCCGACUUCAACAUCAAAGUCUGCACCGUCGAGCCGGGCUACUUCCGCUCCAACUUCCUCAGCCCGAGCAACAAGAAGCACAAGCGAAAUCUCAUUCCAGACUACGAGGGAACAGCUGUCCGGAAGGGCGAGGAGCUCAUGGACGCCUAUGACAACAAGCAGCCCGGUGAUAUCAGGAAAGGCGUCAAGGUCCUCCUCGACGUCCUCACGGGUGCCUCGGGCAGAGAGAUCCCCAUGCGCUUGGUUCUGGGCACCGACGCCUACACUCGGAUCAAAGCUAAAUGUGAGGAGACCCUCAAGGGUUUGGAACAGUGGAAGGACCUUACGUGCUCGACAGAUCUGGAUGAGAAAUAA